CUCUGCGAGCCGUCCCGCGAUGACUGCCUGGAUGCCUUCUGAUGUGCUGGGUCGAAGAAUAUUGUGUGGCGCGGAGUAUGCAACUGUGCGCUAUGUUGGCAGUGUGCCUCCUACAGCAGGAAUUUGGCUUGGUGUGGAAUGGGAUGAUCCUCAGAGGGGAAAGCAUGAUGGUACCUAUGAAGGAACACAGUAUUUUAAGUGCAGGCAUCCUAGAGGAGGGUCAUUUAUCCGGCCAAACAAGGCAAAUUUUGGAGUAGAUUUUCUUACUGCAAUAAAGGAUCGGUAUGGAUUGAAUGAUGAGCAAGAUGUUCUUCACGGGGCAGAGAAUGCAUUUGUAUUUGGAAAGAAGACUGUGGAAUUCAUUGGUAUGGAUUCUGUUGCAGAACAACAAAGCCAACUGAAUCAACUGGUAGAUAUCUCAGUGCGUGAGUGUGCAGUGAGCCAUGUUGGUCAGAAAGAAGAGAUCAGCAGAACAUGUGCUAGUAUCAGGCAUAUAAAUCUAUCAAAAAAUCUGAUCUCAUCUUGGGAGACAGUAACAGCUAUUGCAUCUCAAGUUCAAAACCUGGAAACGCUUAAUAUCAGUGAAAACAAAAUGAAGUUUCCACAUACAUCAACUUCUGUAUCCAGUGUAUUUUCAAAAUUGAAGGUUCUGGCACUUAAUCAAACUGAGAUAACAUGGACAGAGGUUCUUCUUUGUGCUCCAGGAUGGCCAGCACUGGAAGAAUUGCACCUGACUUCCAAUAAUAUUACUGUUUUGGAAAGGCCUGAUAAUGUCCUGCAGGCCCUGAAGCUACUAGACCUUUCAGACAACCAGUUACUGGAUGGAAAUCAGCUGCAUCUAAUAGCACACCUCCCCAGGUUGGAACAGCUAAUACUUAGAAACACUGGGAUAUUUUCUAUACACUUCCCUGAUGCUGAAUUUGGAUGCAAGACUAAAAUGUUUCCUUCACUGAAGCACCUUGUGGUACAGGACAAUAAAAUAUCACAGUGGUCAUCUAUCAACGAGCUCGAUAAACUGCCAAGCUUGCGGUCCCUGCAGUGUAACAAUAACCCUUUCAUGGACACAGAGAAGAACCCAGAGACUCUGAGACAACUAAUUAUUGCCAAGAUAGGUCUGUUGGAGGUUUUGAACAAGUCUGAGAUCCUUCCUGCUGAAAGAAGAGGAGCAGAGCUUGAUUAUCGCAAAAUAUUUGGAAAUGACUGGUUAGCAGCUGGUGGGAAUUGGAACCCAGAGAAAAACAAACCAAGUGAAGAAUUUCUUGCUGCCCAUCCCAGAUACCCAUUGCUUUGUCUCAAAUAUGGUGCACCUGAAGAAGGAGAACUGAAAGGACAACAGCCUUUGACUCUGAAAAAUCAGCUUCUGACUUUGACAAUUGAAUGUCCUGAGAAACCUGAACAGAAGCCAGUAGAGAAAAAGCUACCAGAGUCCAUGACUAUUCAGAGGGUCAAAGGAUUGCUGUAUCGCCUACUUAAAAUUCCUGGUUCGGAACUGAAACUGUCCUACAGAAGUUCUAAACUGGAAGGAAAAGAAGUUGAACUAGACAACGACUUAAAGACUCUGCAAUUUUACUCAAUAGAAAAUGGAGACUGCAUAUUAAUACGAUGGUAAGAAAGGAUUCUUCUUAAGAGUGAAGGAAAAGUCAACACUGGAUCUGCAGAAGUCACAGACAGCAUGGACAGCCCCUGCCUGAACACACACAUGGGAGUACAGGAAUUUCCUAUGUGGCACCAGAUGGCUACACAGUGCUUCUACCUCCUAAACUUAAUUGUCAGUCUCCAUGAAAGCAUUUGCUUUUGGCUGAAUUGUCUGACAUGAGAGACACCAAAUAGUGCUUCAACCAAUUAAAUAAAACUCAAGAUAAUGCUUUUGCCAAGCUUUUAUAUUACCCUGCCACCGCAGCAGUGAGAAUGUUUUGACUGAACUGAGUACAUGAUUGAGUUGUGAUCACUUCACUUAUAAAAAGGACAAAAUUAGUGUUGCACUGAAAGAGGCUAUUGCUCUUU